ACCACCACCACCACCACCACGGCCUCACUGGGCACCACUCACUCCUCCUUCUCCUAAUCUCCUCGGCCCUUGUCCUCUCGUCAACAGCCAUGAGCCACGCACUGCACUGAACCCGCCAGCUGCAACCCAGCCGUGGCACGGCCAUGAAGCGCUUUGGUGCAUCUGCGCUGCGGCGCCAAGGCGCGGCGACGUCGACACGCGAAACACCCCGCGGCCGAGUCACUACCGCCGCCGUCGGCGAACAGCAGCGGUCGCAGCAGCAGCACCACCGCAGAUGCAUCUCCACCAAGUUGCGGCCGGCGCGGCCGCGGACGGCCAUCUUCUUCCCAGGCCAAGGCACGCAAAAGGUCGGCAUGCUCACGCCCUGGCUCGAGGCCUUCCCCUCCACCACGUCCCACAUCAUAGACGAGAUCGACCACCAUGUCGGGUACAAGCUGUCCGACGUGAUCCAGCACGGGCCGUCCAAGGCGCUGACGCAGACGACCAAUGCGCAGCCCGCCAUCAUGGCCACGUCCAUAUGCAUCCUGCGCAUCCUCGAGCGCGAGUUCGGCUUCCGCACCGCCGACCACUUCGACUACACGCUCGGCCACUCGCUCGGAGAGUUUGCCGCGCUCGUCGCGGGCGGCUACAUGCACUUCGAAGAUAGUCUGUACCUGGUGCAGCGGCGCGCCGAGGCCAUGUCCGAGGCGACUCGCCGCGCCGUGCAGGACUACGGCGGCGAGUACGGCAUGGUGGCCGUCAUCACCGAGCCUGAGUACCUGCCGGGGCUAAUUGACGCUAUCCGCGCCUUCGUCGGCCACUCGAGCGAGGGCGGCAAGGCCGAGAGCAGCGAGGACGUGCCCCCGAUCGAGCAGGUCCUCAUCGCCAACAUCAACAGCAAGAACCAGAUCGUCCUGAGCGGCAACCUGGAGCGCAUCAAGACGCUCAUCGCCCACGUGCGCCAGUUCCUCGGCCACGACCCCCGGGCCGUGCGCCUUCAUAGCGACAGUCCCUUUCACAGCCCCAUCAUGAAGCCCGCCGUGGCCGUCAUGCGCACGUUGCUGGAUGGCACAAGCCGCGUCGCCGGCCGCGAGGGCGAGGACAUGGUGACCUUCCCCGCCGCCAUCCCCUGCGUCAGCAACGUCACGGCCCGGCCCUUCCAGAGCAAGGAGCAGCUCAAGGACCUGCUGGCCCGCGGCUGCCUCGAGACGGUGCGCUGGUGGGACAGCAUCCGCUACCUGGACCAGCGCGCCAAGGUGCGCCGCUGGGUUGGCAUCGGCCCCGGAAAGGUCGGCCGCAACCUUGUGGGGAAAGAGGUGGGCGUCAGGGGGAGGGACCUGGUCAAGGGCGGCGGUGUCUGGGCCAUCACGGACCCCUCCGAGGUCGAGGAGGUGCUGCGGGGCCUCGAGGAGACGGCCGGUAUCGUCGACGAGGAGGAGUACUAGAUGCCGUGCUCUCUGUAAUAGGGCUGAUGCGCGGGAGCGGUCGGCCAGGCGCCCAGGUAUGGAUCGACGUGAGCACGCUCUACGGGUCUUUAGCUUCGUGGAUCUGCCCCCCCCCGGGAUGUAUAACCUCUUUGUUUGAGAAGUCGACCACGCACAUAUUACAUAUUAUAGCAGCGGGCGCUGCAUUUUGCUCGGUCAGGCCAUCUAGAUGCGGUGGAGGGAGUGCAACGACUACGGGCUGCUUGGCCUCACUUGGACACUUACACGGAUUGCCAGCUACGCACUUCCAGUGUUGCUGGGCGCAUGGCGAUGACUUGCGGUCCAAGUUGGAAUGAAAACCGCUUAUAUCAACUGAAUUGCCGGG